AUGGAACCUGUAGACAAGAGUUUUCGACUGAAUCGUGCAAUGAAUGCCGUCGCCUUCAACUCGUCUUGGGCAGAGUCACUGUUCCCUUCUGGUCACAAUAAACUGCAGCAGUCUGGAAACAAUUCGAUUGGUACAGCAGUUUGUGUUUAUGUCUUGAUAUUCGGCGUCAUUGUCAACGAAGGUAGGUGGUGA